GUAUCACGACGAUCAUGUGUGCGCUGCAGGGCAUGCAUGUAAUUCAAAACAAAAAUGGAGGGUAUUUCGGGAAUUCGCCUCUUUCCCUCUCCACCUCUAUAAAUACAUGUUUUCAGAUGCAUCCCACCUACAAGCAGAGCCUUAACCCCAAAAAAAACACCCAUCCUCUUUGCUCAUCAAGCAGGUACAGCAACCAAAUAUAUACAUAGAAAUAUGCAUACUUAUGAAUAUACAUACAUUCUUCUAACUCUUUCUUGUAAGACUUUGAGCUCCGUGAUUCAGAAUGUGAUUCCUUUAAUUCUCUCAUAGCAAAGUUCUUUUUCUUGGGGACAAGAUGGAUACUGGAGCCUCAUCAGGAUUGGUCAAGGCCAAAUCCGAGCAGCUGCUAGACACGAUCUCGGCGGCUCUGGCCACUUCGCCUGGCGGCGGCGGAGGCGGCGGCAGCAGCCAUGGGAUCCAUUCGAGGGGAUCGAGCAAGCAGCUUUCGGCAGUGCUGUCGUCUUCUUCCCCAGGCCAAAGCAACAUAAGGAAUACAUACAUCAGGAAGGCUAAGAGCGCUCAGCCGGCUCUUGAUGGUGCUGCUCUGAGUCGAGCCUCGAGUGCCUCUCUUGGACUUUCCUUCUCCUUCACUGGGUUCACCAUGCCACCUGAAGAGAUCAUUGACUCAAACCCGUUUAGCGACGACGAUAUCCCGGAAGAUGUUGAAGCAGGACACGACGAGCUAAAGUUUCAGACAGAACCAACCUUACCAAUAUAUCUGAAGUUCAUUGAUAUCACUUACAAGGUAACCAAAGGAAUGAAAUCAUCUGAGAAAACGAUCUUGAAUGGGAUUACUGGUUCAGCAUAUCCCGGUGACCUUGUCGCCCUCAUGGGACCUUCAGGGAGCGGGAAAACGACUCUUCUCAACUUGCUUGGUGGCAGAUUGAACCAGCAAAAUGUCGGUGGGUCUAUCAGCUACAAUGAUAAACCAUAUUCCAAGCAUUUGAAAAGCAGGAUGGGGUUUGUAACUCAAGAUGAUGUUCUGUUCCCUCACUUAACUGUAAGAGAGACACUAACUUACACUGCUCUUUUACGUCUUCCCCAAACCCUGACAAAACAUCAGAAGGAGCAAAGGGCUCUUAGUGUCAUCCAGGAGCUUGGCUUGGAAAGGUGUCAAGACACAAUGAUCGGAGGCUCCUUUGUACGUGGCAUCUCAGGUGGGGAGAGGAAGAGAGUUUGUAUUGGAAAUGAGAUCAUGAUUAAUCCUUCAAUUCUUUUUCUUGACGAACCCACUUCCAGUUUGGACUCUACAACUGCCCUAAAGAUUGUUCAGAUGCUACAAAGCAUAGCAGAGGCAGGGAAAACUAUUGUUACAACAAUCCACCAACCUUCAAGCAGGCUCUUCCACAGAUUCGAUAAACUGAUUAUGCUCAGCAGAGGAAGUUUGCUUUAUUUUGGGAAAGCAUCACAAGCCAUGUCUUAUUUUUCUUCCUUAGGGUGUUAUCCACUGCUCACAAUGAACCCAGCAGAGUUCUUGCUGGACCUGGCAAAUGGAAACAUGAACGACAUCUCAAUACCAUCUGAUCUAGGAAAUAAUGAGCAGACAGAGAAUUCGUACACAGUGAUACGGUCUUCAAAACCAACUCCUGCAGCUGUAUAUGAGUUUCUUGUGGAGGCCUAUCAGACACAAUUGGCAGUAGUGGAGAAGAAGAAAAUUAUGACACCUGUUCCUCUAGAUGAAGAAGUUAAACUGAUGAUCUCAUGCCUAAAGCGGGAUUGGGGAUUAAACUGGUGGGAACAGUAUUCCAUACUUUUCCUUAGAGGCAUCAAAGAACGGCGACAUGACUACUUCAGCUGGUUGAGAAUCACACAAGUUCUCUCCACAGCCAUCAUCUUAGGGUUACUUUGGUGGCAGUCAGACAGUCACCAUCCCAAAGGCCUGCAAGAUCAGGUGGGGCUACUCUUCUUCAUUGCUGUCUUUUGGGGUUUCUUUCCAGUCUUCACUGCUAUCUUCACAUUCCCUCAAGAGAGAGCAAUGUUGACUAAGGAACGAGAGUCCAACAUGUACAGAUUAAGCGCAUAUUUUCUGGCUCGGACCACAAGUGACCUCCCACUCGACUUGAUAUUACCUGUACUCUUCCUAGUUGUUGUCUAUUUUAUGGCAGGACUGAGACCAAAAUCUGAAUCCUUUUUCCUAAGUGUCCUCACAGUCUUCCUCUGCAUCGUGGCAGCUCAGGGACUUGGAUUAGCAAUCGGGGCAACCCUAAUGGACUUGAAAAAAGCAACAACUUUAGCAUCAGUAACGGUGAUGACCUUCAUGUUAGCUGGCGGAUAUUUUGUGAAGAAAGUCCCAAUUUUCAUUGCCUGGAUUCGUUACAUGUCCUUCAACUACCACACUUAUAAGCUCCUUCUCAAGGUCCAAUACCAACAAAUCAUGCAAAAUGUAAAUGGAGAGCAAAUAGAGAAUGGGCUUAAGGAAGUCGGUGCCCUGGUAGUUAUGAUAUUUGGUUACCGUCUCUUGGCCUACCUCUCUCUUCGGAGGAUGAAGUUGCAGACUGGAACUUAAAGAAAGACCUCAAAAUCAGAAGGAACAUCUAGCCCAGCAAGAUGCCUGCUAGUCUACAAGCUAUAUCUUUUAACUAUAUCUUUUAACACAUGAAACUAAUAGCUUUGCAAAAAAUAAUCAUGAAGAAUGAAUCCAAAACCUUAUCAAUUUAAAGACAAAAUCAUCUGUGAAUAUGUCCUGUUUAGCAGAGGCACAAUUCAUAGCAUAAGUCGCAUAUGAGUACGCGUACUAUAUUAAUGAAUUUCGAUUAUUUGGAGUCAAAGGUAACAUUCUGGGUAUUGUUUUAAGCGGACAGUUUGUCCAUUGUACAAAACAAGAGUUUAUAUCCUUAAUUAUUUUGAUAA